AAUGGGGGAAUGACUGUUGCCUCGGCUGAAUUUGUGAAAGGGAGGGAAAUAAAGAAGGCGUAUUACGACGAAUUCAGCCGGUCUCAUCUUCCUAAAUCCACACAGCAGCAUUAUAUCGGAUUCUACGUAGGCUACUGUCACGUUGGUGCCUCUCAUCUGUCGUUGCUUUCUUUUUUGCUUAUUGUCUUGCUGCUGUCAGGCACUUUGCGGAAGAUUGCACAGCACACCCUUAUCCCCGCCGCCUAAGGUUGCGUUAAAGUGUGACGAGACACCAUGAGCGACGAACCUCAAGUUGAACUCUUUGUGAAGGCUGGCAGCGAUGGCCAGAGCAUUGGGAACUGUCCUUUCUCCCAGCGACUCUUCAUGGUGCUGUGGCUGAAAGGGGUCACCUUCAACGUCACCACCGUGGACAUGAGGAGAAAGCCAGAGGUCCUGAAAGACCUGGCCCCAGGUGCUCAGCCACCCUUCCUGCUGUACGGGUCGGAGGUGAAGACCGACACCAACAAGAUCGAGGAGUUCCUGGAGGACAACCUCUGCCCCCCAAAGUACCCCCGGCUAGCAGCCCGCAACCCAGAAUCUAACGGCGCCGGUGUGGAUGUCUUUGCCAAGUUCUCGGCCUACGUCAAGAACUCCAACCCUGGUCUGAAUGAUAAUCUCGAGAAAGGCCUGCUGAAGGCGCUGAAGAAAUUAGACGACUACCUUGGCUCCCCGCUUCCUGACGAAAUUGAUGAGAACAGCGCCGAUGAUGUCACUUCCUCUUCGCGCCCCUUCCUCGAUGGUCAGGACCUUACUCUGGCAGACUGCAACCUGCUUCCCAAGCUGCACAUUGUCAAGGUGGUGUGUUUGAAGUGCAGGAACUUCUCAAUCCCGCGCACCCUGGCCAACCUGUGGCGGUACCUGGACGCGGCGUACGCCAGAGAAGAGUUCUCCUCCACCUGCCCCACCGAUCCCGAGAUCCACUUCGCUUACGCUUCCGUGGCCAAAGCUCUCAAGUAGGCUGAGGAUGGGAUCAGACAGGACAUGAAAACACACACACACACAUACACACACACACACACACACCACUUUUAAACAGAAGCACAUAGACAUGCACAGACACGCAAACACACACACUAGAAUAUGUAAGGGAUAAUGUAUAGAACGCUGGUCAUUAUCAGAAAAUAAGGACCGAUAGGGCGAACAGGACCCCGACUUGAAGCGGAGGGGUCUUGUUUCGCCUGAAGGUACUAUUUUCCGAUAAUGACCAGCAUUCUAUACAUUAUCGCGCUUAUUAUACGGCUACUUGCCAAUAAGAGAAAAGGGAGACAAACGUUUAUGUAAAAAGUCAAUGAAUAACUUUUCAAUCAGCCGUUACCGAUCUAUAUGCAGAGUGAACCCGUUGCCAUUGGCAGCGGUCAUUAUACUUUCGGAGCGGUCAUUAUACAAAAAUAACUGACCUCAGAACGUUGGGGAGGCCCAUUCAAAGUGAAUGGGAGCUCCCUCUGCAUUCCAGAGAGCCGUAUAAUAUAUACAUACAUAAUAACAACCCCUUACUCACUCAUAUUUGUAUAUAAACAUACACUCCAAAAAUUUCAAAGGCGGGUCUUUGAAGGGGAAACAUUUCAGAUCUCGUGUGCAAAGUCAUCACACAAGGCUAAAAGUUCAAUUGAAAAAGUGUUUUGCAUGUUAUAUGCAUCCUCCCCCACCUACACAAACACACACACACACAACACACACAGUCACCUACAGAUCAUAGUAAUGUAUAUUUCUCAGUUCAUUUGUUUAUGUCGUGUCCAGAUAAACCCAUUAGCCGGUCUAAUAUAUCUCUCUCUCUCCACUAAUGUACUAAAGAGAGAGGGGACUGCUCUCCUGGUCCAGGCGUCUCAGGUCAAGGAAAUCUCACUUUCAUAUCAUGUGCUUACUCUCAUAGACUUGUUUAAGCAUAGCUCGAGCUUAAUCUAACAGUGCAUUGCCAGCUCUAAAUGACUAGUGUGUUUUCAUUGUUUUGUCAAAUGUGUCCUCGGUGUAACCUUUGAAAACACAUAUUUUAUCUAAUGUUUUGAAAAAAAAAGCGUCAUAUCAUUUCCCUCUAUGCAAAUUAAGACAUUUGUCAACGUCCUUGAGAACCAGGCAUACGGGUUGUGCACACACCUAUGCAGCCAGGGACACACACACACACACACACACACACACACACACACACACACGCACACAGCUAGACAUAUCCACACACAAACACACUCACAGACACAUGGAAACUCUUUGUAGCCUGCACACCAUAUUCCAUAGGACCUCUGCUACUUCCUAUACUUUAUGUGUAGCGUAGGCGUUUAUUUAGUCACAUCUGCUGGUUAAAACAGUUAGUGCUCCUAAACCUGUCCCUAGGAAGAAGACAAAGCCAGGGUAGGCUUGGAGCUAACGUUAGCUGCUCAUGAUAGGGCGUAACAGUGAGCAGUUAACCACAGGAAGCUAUUGCCACAGACCUUGGCUUCCUUUUUCUGUUGUCUAAAAACCUCACCCAUUCUCUGUCAAAUGGCAGUGAAGGAAGAUUCCUGAGUUCCUGAGAACUGAAUGACUAUUCAUGUGUAGGCACAUUUUAAUGCAUGUUUCUGAUGUCAGUCACUCAAACUAUACACUGUGGUUUGUUGUCUUUUGAUAAGAGCACAAAGUAAGAGCUUACUGUGCAAGCAAGGUCUAGUUAGCCUGAUAGGCUAAAAAUCCUUCAAUCCUCUGUCUCUCCCUACUUCCUAGACAUGCUGUGAGGUGCCUUUAGAUUAACCCCAAUGUUGAAACCGUGCCACAGUGUCUGUUGCUUUUUUUAUACUGGCAUAGAUGUCCAAUGAGUGAUUUCCAGGUCUCUGUUAUUAAGGCUGGUGAGGUUAAGGACUGUUAACCCCCUUCCAUCAGGUAAAAGUAAAGGUCUUUAGAAGCAGUAUCACCGAAGUGCACCUCACAACAUCAUUCGUUUUUGAAGAUCGUGAUGACAUUAGCCUCUACUUUUUUUAUCUUGUGUGUUAGCACUGAUGUGAAAAAGGAGGUGUGUUUGUCAGUUUAAGUUUAAAAUGUUAAAAUUGGUUUAAGCCUUUUGCUUGUUUAAUGCACCAUUCCAAGUAGCCAAUUUUUACCAAUGAAAUCAUGACUGAAUUAUGUGGUAACACUUUACUUGACGGGUUCGUUCAUAACACAUUCAUAACAGCUGUCAUAAACUGCACAUGAAGCAUUCAUGACUAUUUCAUGAAGCAUGACUCAACAUUCAUACCAACCCUUUCAUGAAUGUGGAAGACAAAACGUCAAAAACUUGUCAAAAUAAAAGUCCAACAAUCGCAAUGGAGCAUUGCUGUCUUUUUUGUUUUAGCCAACCUGAUCAUGUCACAUCUUAGUCAACGGGGAAGUCCAGUGUCCAGGAGAAUUUAGUUUGUCUGUUUGUUUAUUUUAUGAUAGUAACCUCUGAAGAAUGCAAAAUUGUCUAUAGAUAGAUAUAAAACAGGAAUGUCCAACCAUUCAGAGGUCCACAAAUGGUCAGUAGCCUAGUUCACUGCAGUAUGAUGAAUACUUCACAACUUGUAUAGUAAAGCAACAUUUGAAGUAGACUAUUCAUGAGAUGUUUACAAACGCUGGAGAGGAUUCAUAAUACCCUGUAUAUGGAUUACUAGAUUGUUGGACUUUUAUUUUGACAAGUUUUCGUCGAUUUGUCUUCCACAUUCAUGAAAGUGUUGGUAUGAAUGUUGAGUCACGUUUCAUGAAUCAGUCAUGAAUGCUUCAUGUGCAGUUCAUGACAGCUGUUAUGAAUGUGUUAUGAAUGAACCCGUCAAGUAAAGUGUUACCAAUUAUGUUAGUAUUUAAGAUAUCUUAUAAGCACAGUGCAUGAGUACAUGCACAAAUGGACCAAGGUCUGAUAAAAAAAAAACCAAGCAUGGUGUCUUAUAUGAAGUGGCCAAAACUGUAUAUUGUAAAGGACCAAGUUGCUUUAGAGGCGUGAUAACUGUAAUUGUUUUUUGUAACUAUUUUACACAUUUUUAGAUGAUAUCAGAGACUCAUAUCAAUGACAUACACAAACACAGUUGUAUUGCAUUGAAUUAGUAUGCUUUAACAUACGUAGGUAGAUUUGAUGGAUGGCCUGUUGACAAUCAAAAUAUUGUUUCUAACAUUUUUAUAUGAUCAGAGUAAUGUGACUUUUUCAUGUGAGGAAAUUUCAAAAUAAAACAUUUUUUUGUGAGGAAAA